AUGAAAUGGGCUGCUUCCCGCAAUGUUCGUGUUAUUGUAAAGGGGACCGGGCAUGACUUGAAUGGCAGGUCUAGCGGCGCCUGCUCAUUGUCGAUAUGGACCCAUCAAUUCCGACAAAUCAAGUUGAAUGCUGAGUGGCUACCUCCAUUGAGGAAUAACACCGAAAAUGUGGCGAUUCUUAGAAGCGGAAUCAAUUGGGGCAACGCCCUCGAAGCUGCUGCCAAAGUUGGCCGUACCCUAGUCAGCGGCCAAGUCAGCACAGUUUGUCUUCGUGGCUUUAUCGGAGGCGGUGGUCACGGUCCUCAUUCGAGCCAUUACGGCUUGGCUGCCGACCAGGUCCUCCAGGCCACAGUUGUCACAACGAGCGGACAUAUUCUCGUGGUCAACGAAGCACAAAACCAAGACCUACUGUGGGCGAUUCGAGGCGGCGGACCGGGCUCUUAUGGUGUCGUCACGGAGUACGUUCUGCGCACACAUCCUAUUCCUAGGAACGUUGUCCAGGCCGUUUUAUCCAUGUCCAUGGCUGGAAACGACGCAGAAGCAGCGGUAUCUGCAUCUUGGAGCGCCAUGGCCAUACUUACAAGCUAUCUUCCAGAUCUUAUGGUUGCUGGAAUAGCAGGAUUCGGCAAUGCAGUGACAACGAAAGCUUCCAAGCUGCCCUCCGGUGCCAUCAGUCAAGGCAUAGAAACCUCAUUCACGUUUUUCGGUUACAACACGACAGCGACUACUCUAUCGUCCGCUAUCGAACCCUUAAAAGAAAGGAUGAUCGCGUCCGGUAAAAACAACACAAUGUCGAUAUUUAUCUCGGAGCCAACAGUUUUCCCAACAUACCUAUCCUUCUUCGACGACCUCAACAAAUCUCCGCAGACAGUAGAACAGAUCAGUCUGAUUUCGAGUCGUCUGCUCGGUCGCAAAGAGUUGACAGAAAUUACAUUGGAAGCACUACGCUUUCAUCUGCAGAGCAUCUCAAAGUCCCAGAUUGAAGGAAACCCUUCUUCCUUGAUUUUUGGAUUACAGGAUGGCCCCGGGCCAGCACAAGUUCAACCAGAUAUGCGCGGCGCAGUCAACCCUGGUUGGAGAAGCGCCUAA